CGUGUGAGGUGUCGGUGUCGUCAGUUUAAGUUGAACGACAUCGUCACAUCCUCAUUAUAUCUUCCUAUCUUUCUCUUUCCCACUUCUUUCAGAGCCCAUCACAACUCAGCUCAACUCCAACUCUGUCUGUUUCCCAUGUUAACAUGUUUCACGUCCACCACUCCUUUGAAUCCGCACGCACACACAUAGACACAAUCUCUCUCUUUCUUAAAACCGCUCCGGUAGUUGCUUAACUUUUCUGCUUAGUUUACAGAUUUGAGAUUGAAAUAUUGUUUAUUGUUCUUUAAGUAUUAGCAGUACAACUUUUUCAUACUGUUUAAAAAAUUCACCGAACAGUAGUCUUUUUUGUUCUACUUAGUUUUGAUUUUUUCUCUCUCUUUGUUUUCAUGCAUAAAGUAACGGGAAAGAGGAAAAAGAAAAGUAUAUAAUUCCUCCAUGAAUGCUGCUUUGCUUCAUUGACACCCAUUUGUUUUCUCUUUCUUGACUUCUUAUUCCUAACAGUAUAUUUCAUUACUGAAUGAAACUGAACUAGCAAGCAAAGGAGCGAAAGUUUGAGGAGAUGGGUUCAUUUCCAUUGGCUAUGAGUAUUGUCUUGCUUGUACACCACACUUCUUCUUUUCCUUUCUUUGUUUGUUUUACUGUCUUAGAUUGAUCAUUUUCACACCAGAAACAAUCUCCAUAUUCCAAAAUUUGAUUUUUUUUUUAGUCCAAAUGUUGAAGUUUCCAUCUCAGCAAGACCAUGAAACCAUGCCAAGCUUUGAAUUUUUCAAGAAAUUUAAACGUUUGAGGCUCUUUGAGCCGUACUUAGGCGUUGGAUUUUUCUUUAUUAUAUUGUGUGUGAUUUGCUGCUUCAUUUACUUGGAUUAUCGGGCUGUGCCUAGAGGGUACACUGUUCCGGGCAAAUCGGAGAGGUUCAAGUGGCUGAAACUGGGCGGUGGGUCUAUUGGGAACAAUAAAAGAGUUGAGUUUUUGAGUGAGAAGGCAAAUGAGUGUGAUGUGUUCGAUGGAAACUGGGUGUGGGAUGAGAAGUACCCUUUGUAUCAUUCUAAAGACUGCAGUUUUUUAGAUGAAGGAUUUAGGUGUACUGAAAAUGGUAGGCCUGAUUUGUUCUUCACUAAGUGGAAAUGGCAACCCAAACUCUGCAAUCUACCAAGAUUUAACGCAAAAUUUAUGUUGGAGAAACUUCGAAGCAAACGCUUAGUUUUUGUUGGUGAUUCUAUUGGUAGAAAUCAGUGGGAAUCACUCCUCUGCAUGCUCUCUUCUGCCGUUCCCAAUAAGGAUUCAAUCUAUGAAGUGCAUGGCAGCCCAAUUACGAAGCAUAAAGGCUUCUUGGUGUUCAAGUUUAAGGACUACAAUUGCACUGUAGAGUACUAUAGAGCUCCUUUUCUUGUGUUGCAGAGCAGACCUCCUGCCGGAUCUUUAGAAAAGAUUAGGACAACCCUUAAACUGGAUAAAAUGGAUUGGAAUCAUAUGAAGUGGAGAGAUGCAGAUGUGUUGGUUUUGAAUACAGGGCAUUGGUGGAAUUAUGAGAAGACAAUAAGAGGAGGCUGUUACUUUCAAGAAGGGUCCGAGGUAAAAGUAGAAAUGAAGGUAGAGGAUGCAUAUAGGAGGUCCAUCAAAACUGUAUUGCAGUGGAUAUACGAUGAAGUGAAUACAAGCAAGACCCAGGUCUUCUUUCGUACGUAUGCCCCGGUCCACUUCAGAGGUGGGGAUUGGAGGACUGGGGGAACCUGCCACUUGGAGUCACUUCCCGAACUGGGAACAUCGUUGGUGGCUCCUGAAUCCUGGGCGCGUUUCAAAGUUCUGUCUGAUGCAUUAUCAGCUCACAUGAACACCGGGAAGUUCAAUGUAUUGAAUGUGACUUAUAUGACUGCUCUAAGGAAAGACGGGCAUUCAUCCCUCUAUUAUUUGGGUCCUGAUGGAAGCCCUGCACCUCUACACAGGCAAGAUUGCAGCCAUUGGUGUCUGCCUGGAGUCCCUGACUCUUGGAAUGAGAUACUCUAUGCAUUAUUCCUAAAGCACGAGGCAACUCGUGCUUCAAACACAUCAACAUAUAGAGCACAGGCUUAAUUGAUGCAGGAAAAAACUCUCUUUAUAUAUAUUACAAGUUCUCUGCAAAUAAUGACUUAAAUUAUCCAACAAAAUAGCAUCUAAAGUUAGAUUUGUUCAUGGUUUUGUCUAAGAAGUCAAAUGCAUAUACGAGAUUGUAUGAUGUUGAUGAAGAUCAGUUAAAUGCCAAAAUUUUUUCCCAUGGCUGUUGAACAGAAAGAAGAGACUUUUUUUUAGGACCAGGUGAGAUGGACAGGAAAAUUUUGAAUCAAAUGAAACUAUUGGUUUAUUUUUCU